UUUCUCUUUCAUUAUGUCCCGCCUUUAGUUAAGUCUUUGUUGUCUUGCUUUUAAGAAGCUUUUUCUCCUCUCCGUGACACUACUAAACGUUCCUCAAUUAAGAAGUUACAAUAUGGAGAAAAUUUUGAAGAAGCAUUUCGUUCUAGUUCAUGGAUUUUGCCUUGGCGCUUGGUGCUGGUACAAACUUGUCAACCUUUUGCAAAAGGCUGAUCACAAAGUUUCUUCUUUAGACCUUGGUGCUUCUGGGGUUAAUAUGAAACAACUCAAAGAAAUUGUUUCGAUAUCAGAUUACGUUAAGCCAUUGAUAGAUUUUAUGGUCUCUUUGCCUCAUGAUGAAAAGGUUAUUUUGGUGGGUCAUAGUUAUGGGGGCCUUUGCAUUUCUCUUGCAAUGGAAGCUUUCCCUCAGAAAAUCUCAGCAGCAGUUUUCAUUACUGCUUAUAUGCCCAAUCAUAAAGAUCCGCCUGCACUUCUUAUUCAAGAGUUCUUUAGGAGGACUUCAAUGGAGUCACUCAUAGAUUGUCAUUUGACAUUCGACCAAGGAAUGGAAAAUCCACCAACAUCAGCUAUUUUUGGCUCACAAUACAUGCAAGCUAACCUUUACAAACAUUGCCAAACAGAGGACUUGGAAUUGGCAAAAAUGUUGAUAAGACCAGGUAAGUUUUUCACAGAAGAUAUGUCAAAGGAAGGGCUGCUGACACAAGAGAAAUAUGGGUCGGUGAGAAGAGUUUACGUGUUGUGCCAAGAUGAUUCAAUCAUGGAAGAAGAAUUCCAAAUAUAUAAUAUUCAGAAGAGCCCUCCAAAUGAAGUCAAAUCCAUUGCCAAAGCUGGCCAUAUGGUCAUGAUAUCCCAACCUAAGAAGCUUUCUCUCUGUCUGCAGGAAAUUGCUGACAAUUAUCAUUGAAUUAACUUUUUUUAAAUACCCUUAUAUAUAUUUUGAGUAUUGGAUGUGUGAACAAAAGUCCCACAUUGGUAGCUGAAAAGAUUGGGAGCCUACAUGUAAGGUGUAGGGAUCUCUUAAUGGUGCGAGGCAUUUUGGGGAAAACCGUACGGGCUUAGCCCAAAGCGGACAAUAUCACACUAUGUUAAGAGUGUCUUUGGACUGGUUGAGCCCAACAACGGGUAUCAGAGCCCAGGUUAGGCGGGACGAGUAUGGAGAUCGCUGAAGUGAUGGUGCGGGGCGCUGUGCACUAGAAGAAGAAGCUAGUUGCGGGAUUCGGUUGCCAUAAUACUCUAACAAUGUGGGUGGCUAUAACGAUCCGAAUGGUCGUUUUGAGUAUUGUAGCCUCGUUCCCCUAUUUAUCAUUUCUUCUAUGUUAAUUUGUGGUUAUGUAACUUACCGGGAUGCUUGGUUUGGCUUCGGGUGAGUUUCGGAGUGAAUUAAGACACUUAGUCCCAAGGUUGAAAGCUUAAGUAGGAAGAGUUGAUGGGGUUUUAUUUUUGUGUAGACGACUCCAGAAUGAAGUUUUGAUAGUUCCAAUAGUUUCGUAUGGUGAUUUUGGAUUUAAGCGUAUGGCCGGAUGUUGAAUUAGAGGUUUGUUGGUUGCUUUGGUGCCUUUUGGCGGAAGUUAGAAAGUAGAAGGUUUGGAAGGUUGAUAGGUUUGAUCGAAAGUUGACUAUAUCGAUAUCGACUUCGGAUUACGGUUCCGAGAGUUCGUAUAAGUCCGUUGUGUCAUUUUGGACUUACACACAAAAUUUGAGCUCAUUCGUAGUUGGUUUGAUGUGAUUCAGCAUUAGUUCUAGAAGUUGAAUAUUCAUUGAUUCAAUAGGCUUAAAUUGGGGUGCGA